GAAGCUGAGGCAGCGCCAUCUUCAUGUGAUUAGCGCUUUGUGUAUUUGUUUUUUAAAUAUGAAAAUACUUUAGAUACAGAUCCUCCAGACACGCAUGCCCUGUAUCGAACGUCACUGAAACAACGUUUAAAAACAUAACGUUAUGUCGGAUUGUGAUUCCUGGGACGGCCAAAAUAAAGUUCAAGAGUUAGCCUCGACUUUACAUGAUGCCAAUAGAAAUUUAAGAGCCGUUGAUCGGAUGCUUGGAGAAUAUAGAGAAGUUACUGAUAGGCCUACGGUAAGAGAUGCUGUUCUACAUGCAGAUGACCUGAAUACAUCUCAGCGAAGGCGACCCCAUUCAGCAGGCGUACGAUUCGACGAUUCUAUUCCUGCAAGCCCUAUCAGACGACUUCAACAAUCCGUAAGAGAUUUAGCAACCGGUCAAGCAAGAUUAGAGCAAGAUUUCCAUGAUGAGGUUACUAAGAGACGACCUCAAAGCGCGACAACUGGAGACAGCGAGCUGGGUUCGCUUAGACGCCAAAUACAAAAUCUGGAGGAUGAGCUAAGAAACAGUCGUCAGAAUACUCAUUAUAAUGAUGUAAUGUCUAAUAUUUCCCCUCAGCUUCGUGAGGCUCUCAAUCGCCGACCAAAUCAAAUGGAUGAAAUUGAUAACAUUAAACGCCGUUUAGAACAAUCAGAAGCUUCCAGACGAAAUUUACAAAGUGAAUUGGAACAAAUAAAAACUCGUCCAGAGCCUACUCGACGAUUGGAAGAGGAAGUUCGCGAAUUGAAAAAUCAAUUAAGUCGUUCAACAACGUCUGUAAAUGAAUUUGGUUCGUUACAAAAGGAGUUGGAUUCCUCAGAGAAACAGAGACGUCAACUUAGCUCUCAUUUAGAAAAUAUGGGUAGGGAAGUGGAAGAAAAAGAAAAAUUUCAAGCCAAAAUUAUCCGCCAAUUGCAUACAGCUAAUGAAAAAUCUGAGGAGGCUGAUAGAAGGUGCCAACACACACUCCUACAGCUGGAGGAUGCUGUCCGACAAAUACGAGACUAUUCAUCAAGAGUUGACAGUGCUGAGAAAGAGACAAACAGCGUUAGACAACAAUUGGCCGAAGCUGAAAAAAGUAAAGCCGAAGCUGCAGCUUUUGCUUCUCAUACUAUUAAACAAUGGAAGAAUAAAGUAAGGAAAAUGGAGAAAGAGGUAGAUGGUUAUGCUCACACGUCUCACGAAGCUACGAAACGUUGUGAACAACUUGUUAGAGAGCUAGAAAGUAUGAGAGGGGACUUGGGUACUUACAAGCAACAAGCGGAUAGAGCUAAGGCUGAGUUGGCUCAUGUUUUGGCUGCUAGAGCUGCUCUUGACGAGGCUGUGAGAGCCAAAGAUAUAGACCUAAAUGAGAAUAAAGCUGCUCGUAUAGAUGCUGAGAAAGAUGCUAAAGAUUCGCGCUCAAUAGCUGACCGCCUUGAAAGGGAAUUGCAUGCUGCCGGAGAAAAGAUAUCUCAUCUAAGAGAGGAAAGAUGCAAACUAGAGGACCACAUUAAUGGCUUAAAUACAGGACAACAAAUGGCUCAUUCUCAAUUACAAUCUCUUCAUAAAGAAGUUAAAGAGUUGGCGGCUUGUCGAAUGGAGCUAACGUCCCAAUUAGCUGAUGCGGCUAAGCAAAGAUCACAUCUACUGCGUCAGGUCGAAGAAUGUCACUAUAGAUUUAAGAAAGAGCAAGAUGAGCACAAAGAGCAAAUAAUUUCAAUAAAAAAUGAGAUAGAUGAAAAGAAUGCUUACGAGAAACGAAUUAUGAAGCAAGAGCUAGCCGAGGCUAACGCAAGAAUCCAAACACUUCGAAUAGAAUUAGAAGAGGAACGAUCCAAUUCGGCGGCAGUGCGUUCCACCAUCGAUGGUAUGAAAGCAGAGAUUGAUAGGUUACAUACAGAUUUGGAGCAUUCCGAUAGAAUGGCAGAAGAAUCUAGGAAAAAGUACUACGAAGCUAGACAAAACUUUUUAAAUAGCGUAACAAAUGAGGAACAUUCAGAAAAUCGAGAGAUGGAACGUAUGCUAAUGCAUGCGGAAGAUAAACUACACUCUGAAAGGGAGUAUAUACAAGAAUUGGUUAGCUCUCUAGCCGCCGAGCUAGACGAUCUUCUCUUAAAUCUUUCGAAACGUUUCUCGUCUUUAAAACCACCGCCUUCUACUUUAGGCUCUUCUAGUGAUAUUUCUAAAUGGAUACAGGAGGCGAAAAGUUCCUUAUGCUGGAUUAAGUCAGAAAUUGCCGCUAAUUUCGUACAACGUCCUAAACAUGAGGAAUAUACAGUAUCUAAACCGGCCCCACCUUUAGAGCCAGUUGCUCUUCAACCUGCUGAAAAAGAAGACUCUAUUGUAGACGAAUUUGACAUUAAUUAUAAACGCCAACUUAUCCAUGAUAGAUACGAAAAAUUACAAGAAUUAGUGACGUCUUUGAAGUCGGAAGUUGAAGAAAAUAAAAACUUUGGCUUAGAAUCAAUUAAAUAUUAAACAAGAAGAAGAAGAAGAAGAAGAAUUUAAAAAUUAAAGUGUGCAAUGGCUGUUUUCUAAUCUUCUAUUUUUAUAUAAUUUUUAUUUGAAGUGCCAGUACUCAGUAUUUUCAUAAAAACCGUCCGAACCAUGAAAAAGUAUUGGUUCAUAUAGAAGCAGAUAAAAGAUAAUAUUCAAUAUUUUUUUUAUAGGAUACAUAAGCUUUUCAUUAAUAUUUAGCUUACAUGUCUCCCCGCCCACUCAACAUUUUAUCCGCAAGUCCCCCCUCCCUUUACCGCCCACUUAAUACUGCUUAAUAAAUAACUUUCUAUGCAAUACUUAAUAAAAUUAAGUAGUUUUUACAAAUAAUUCAUAUUUUUUAUUUAUAAUAAUAAUAAUAUAUGAUUAUUAAUAUUUUGUUUGUUUAUUUAUUUACAUAAUUAUACAGUUUUUCCUGAAUUUGUGCUAGAUUCACUUUACCGUCCAAGAAUCUUCCCUCUG